AUGCCUGGGGAAACACCAUCAAACUUGGGACACGAAUACAUCAACAAUGACGAUCUUGGAGUCGACACUUCAGGGUACAAGCGCUACCCACACAGUAGCCGAACAAUCCUCGCCUACAACGGCCCCAUCCUCGAAACCAUGGAGUUCUCCAUCUUAUUGGGCCAGCACCACCCUGGCGCACUGAAGAGCCUAAAAGUCUUUGGUUCAUGGGUGCCGAUCACAGGAUCCAAGAACCAGAACUAG